AUGGAAAAUGUGGCAAAGAGCAGUUGGUCAAAUGAUUUUGAUGAUUUUACCCAAAGCCAUUUGGAAGAGAUACGUGAUGCCUUCAAUAUAUUCGACCGUGACGGCGAUGGUCGAAUUACUACCGACGAACUUAGUACUGUUAUGGCUUCACUUGGUCAACGGCCGACUAAAAGCGAACUAAAAAAUAUGAUCAGCGAAUUUGAUGAAGACGGUUUCCUUUUUUAUUUAUUUCUUCCCUUAGCAUACCUUUGCAUUCAAUUCAGCUAUUCAUUUUUUUUAUUCUUUAUUGCUUUUAUUUUCCAUUGUUCCUUUCGGUGUCACGCCUUCCUAUAUGUAUGCAUCGCAUGA